AUGGCAUUGGAAACCAAGAAAGCGCCCCAAAAUAUACACGGAAAAGCUUUACCAGCCGUUGUUGAAAAAGGUAGAGUGACUUAUUGUACCGACCUGGAGAAGUCCGUGAUUACAAACAGUUUUGAGCGCCGCGGCUGGGUCUCCGUCGGCCCCGAUGACGAGUGGAACUUCUACUGGUCUUUCACGCAAAAUUGCAGAAACAUAUUCAGUAUUGAAAGUGGCUACAGAAUGACUGACAACCAAUUGAUAAAUCAUUUCCCGAACCACUACGAAUUGUCACGCAAGGAUUUGCUAGUAAAAAACAUCAAGCGAUACAGAAAAGAACUCGAAAGAGAGUUGAGCCCUCUAGCUGAGAAAACUGAGAUCCCUAUGGCCAACGGCCAAGUCGUUACACGCUAUAUACAUUUGGACUUUAUUCCAGUCACUUACGUAUUACCUGCAGACUACAACAUGUUUGUUGAAGAAUACAGAAAAUCUCCACAAAGCACGUGGAUAAUGAAGCCCUGUGGAAAAUCACAGGGGGCCGGAAUUUUCCUAAUAAACAAACUUUCGAAACUUAAGAAGUGGUCCCGUGAAGCGAAAACUCCAUUUCAUCCACAACUCAGCAGUAAGGAAAGUUACGUAAUAUCACGUUACAUAGACAAUCCCCUUCUGAUUGGCGGCAAGAAGUUCGAUUUGAGGUUGUAUGUUUUGGUAACGUCGUUUCGCCCGCUAAAAGCUUAUUUAUUCCAACACGGAUUUUGCAGAUUUUGUACUGUGAAGUACGAUACGAGUGUCACAGAAUUGGAUAACAUGUACGUACACUUGACUAACGUAAGUGUGCAGAGGCACGGAGGGGACUAUAACAGCUUGCACGGGGGGAAGAUGAGCAUUCAGAAUUUUCGAUUGUACUUGGAGGGAACUCGGGGACGAUCAGUGACGGAGAAAUUGUUUGCAGAAAUGCAGUGGUUAAUCGUUCACUCAUUGAAAGCUGUCGCGCCAGUAAUGGCUAAUGAUAGACACUGUUUUGAGUGUUAUGGAUACGAUAUAAUCAUUGACAACGUGUUGAAGCCGUGGUUGGUGGAGGUAAACGCUUCCCCCUCCUUGAUGUCCACAACUCAUAACGACAGAAUAUUGAAACACAAACUGAUCGACAACAUUGUGUCUGUGGUUCUCCCACCAGAUGGCGUGCCUGAUGCUAGGUGGAAUAAAAUCCCUUCCGAAGAAUCACUGGGUGAUUUUGACCUCCUAAUCGAUGAAGAACUCAUAGAACGGGAAGAUGCAAAUUCAAGAUAUAAUAAGUAUCAUCGCAUUAAUAUCAAAACGUAA